AUCGUCUACCGUAGUUCUCUUGUAUUGUUCGCUAAUCAACUUUACGUGUACAGGCAUUUACAACGUCAAUGAAAUCAGACGAUGAUGAUAAAUAUUGGGAACCAGCCUUUACAGAACGGGAACUCUACGGUCAACUUGAGAGACGACGAUUCAGACACAUCGACAGACGUGACCUCAUCGACAGAAAAGAGAUCGGAUCGGGAGAAUUUGGCGUUGUAGAGAAAGCAGUGUGGCAUGUGAAUGAUAGAGAGAAGUUAUCAGUGGCGGUCAAGACUCUGACGAAUGAAGCUGAUGUUAAUGAUCGCGUCAAGUUUCUUCGCGAGGGAGCGAUUAAUGGUCAAUUUCGCCAUCGAAACGUCGUUCGUCUCCAUGGUGUUGUCACUAUUGGAUCUCCUAUCAUGCUGGUUUUGGAAUACAUGCAGAAUGGUGACAUGAAGAACUACCUUGUGAACCAAAGCUUGAAUGGCAAGUGUAGUUGUCCCGGAUUCGACAAAACGCUGCUAAACAUGUGUCGUGAUAUCGCAAGUGGAAUGAGAUAUCUUUCACGCAAGUCUUUUGUUCACAGAGAUUUAGCUGUAAGAAACAUUUUGUUGGGCAAAGAGCUGACGUGCAAGAUUGCAGAUUUUGGCAUGGCACGUGAUGUUUCUGACAACAACUACUACGUAGCUAAAGGUGGAAAGGUUCCAAUAAGGUGGUGUGCACCUGAGACAUGGAAUUACAAGCGUUUUUCGUCUGCCAGUGACGUGUGGAGCUAUGGAGUUGUUUUGUAUGAAGUUUGGUCAGUAGGACAACGCCCUUUUGGGUCAAUCAGCAAUGGCAAGGUAAUGGAAAAGGUUGAAGCUGGAUAUCGUCUUCCUCCUCCUCCGGGAUGUUCUCGUUCUCUUUAUCAUCUUAUGAUUGACUGUUGGCAUCCCGAUACCCAUGAAAGGCCAAGCUUUGGAAACAUAAUGCAGAGGCUUGCAGCGUCUGAAGACUUUCUACUGACUAACACACAAGGAGAGGCUUCAAUUGAGGGAAACCUCGGUGACACGCUGGACGUGUCAGAAAGCUGCUACACUGACUUGCAACACAUUUAUACAAAAUACUGAUUGUGUUACGUCGUAUGGCUACGCAUACUUACUGUAAUGUUUUAAUUGAUAUCUUUUUAUUCUUAGUUAGAUAGUUAGUUAUUGAUGUGUGCUGGACAUGUAUCUAAAAUUCGAUAUAUUUAAUAGACAACUAUAGUACGAGACAGA